ACUUCAUUUUACUUCUUCGAGGAUGUUGAGGUUAACUUCAUUAAGCAUUAUUUAUUUUCUGUUUCUUGCUUUUAUCAACCAACCUGGUGUUGAAGCAUGGAGCAAAGAGGGUCAUAUGAUGACCUGUCGAAUCGCGCAGAACCUGUUGAAUCAUGAGGCAGCUCAUGCAGUCAAGAUGUUGUUGCCAGAAUAUGUUAACGGUGACUUAUCAGCCCUCUGUGUGUGGCCGGACCAAGUCCGGCACUGGUACAAGUACAGAUGGACAAGUCCCCUACACUUCAUUGACACCCCAGAUAAAGCUUGCAGCUUUGAUUAUGAAAGGGACUGUCAUGAUCAACAUGGAGUGAAGGAUAUGUGUGUUGCUGGUGCAAUUCAAAACUUUACCACUCAACUCUCUCAUUACAGAGAGGGAACUUCUGAUCGUCGACAUAAUAUGACAGAAGCCUUGUUAUUCUUGUCACAUUUCAUGGGAGAUAUUCAUCAACCAAUGCAUGUUGGCUUUACAAGUGAUGCAGGAGGGAAUACUAUUGAUUUGCGCUGGUUUAGGCAUAAAUCAAACUUGCACCAUGUAUGGGACAGAGAGAUAAUUCUAACAGCUGCAAAAGAAUACUAUGCAAAGGAUGUAAACCUCCUUGAAGAAGACAUUGAAGGAAACUUCACUGAUGGAAUCUGGUCAGAUGAUCUUGCUUCUUGGAGGGAAUGUGGCAAUAUUUUUUCCUGUGUGAACAAGUUUGCAACGGAAAGUAUAAAUAUAGCAUGUAAAUGGGGAUACAAAGGUGUUGAAGCUGGCGAAACUUUAUCAGAUGAUUACUUCGAUUCAAGACUUCCAAUUGUGAUGAAAAGAAUAGCACAAGGUGGAGUACGAUUAGCCAUGCUUCUAAACAAUGUUUUUGGAAUUUCUCAAGAAGACUCUGUUGCUGCAACUUAAUUCAAAAUUGCUUUCAAUAGCAAAUAUAUUUUAAUAAAAUAAUGAAAAACCAUAUGUUAGUUUAUGUUUGAUAAACAAAAAAUGACCAGAGAUGGCACAUAUUUGUGGUCUGAUUUAACCAGUCUUACAAUUCAUUGUUGUAUUAAAAUUUCUGUAAUUACCCAUCAUCACUGUUAUAAUUCAUGUACUUAGCUUGUCUUAUCUUUCAACACAAAUGGUAAAAUAUUAAUUUAUAUAUUUGACUGAACUA